AUGGAUCACGGUCGCCUCAAGGCCUUAUUCAACACUGACGAACAAGAUGAUGAAAGAAAGCCAGUAGACGAAUCAAAGGUGGUUGCCUUUACGCAAGCGACUGCAAGGAAAAGCAAAAAAGAAAAGGAAGAAGAAGCUGCAGAAGCUAAAAGGCGCCAGCAUGAGCUCGAAACGACUCAGGUGUUUGAGGAAUAUGUCGCUGACUUUGCGGCGGCUCCUCGAGCAAAAGGUGCCAUGACCUUUGUGCGAGCCGGCGAAAAGACCCAAGUCCAAACAGCAAAAGUUUUCGAGGAUGAUUCAGGGACCAAACCCCGGUCUCCACCACCCGCACUGAAACCUAAAGGAAAGCGUGCUAUGGACAUGUUCUUGGAAGAAAUCAAAAAGUAUGUUAGUGAAUACCGUCAAGGUAUCGAUACCCAUCAAAUUGUAGGGAUCAGGCAGCUCGUGAACAGCGUUUUGGCAGGCAUUCUUAUGCUGCACAUGACGCCCAAGGGGGAAGUAGAGAUCGAGGGGACCCUGAGACAACGAACCUUUUUGUUGCUCAUCUCCCUGAAAAUGUUACCGAAGAUAAGUUUGGAGAGUAUUUCGGGCAAUUUGGUCCCAUCACAUCGAAAUGACCCUCGAGAGAACAACACCGAUCGGCGGAGUAAGAGUGGAGGACUUAGUGGAUUUGUCUCUUUCAAAAGGCGCAGAGAUGCAGAAAUCGCCCUCAAGGAGCUGGAUGGCAUAGCUUGGGCGGGCUCUACACUUCGAGCGAUCGAGAUUCCCGGUCUCGCUCUCCUUCACCUCGGCGCCAUCAUCAUCGCCACCGCUCCAGGUCUUCGUCCCCUGAUUAUGAGAGACACAGGCAUCGUGAUCGAUCAAGAAGCAGACAUAGACAUCGUAGUCGCCACUCUCGGUCUCGUUCAGCCUCAAGAUCACGGAGUCGAGAGCGCUACAACAGGGGAGAGAAGAAGAGCUCGCAUAGUACACACAAAGUUUCCAAAGAUGAAGAGCAAUAUCUUUGCC